CUCUUUCAGUUUCGACAUUCCCCAGGAUCUCUUUCCACUUUUUUGUCUCCAACCAGAAAAACCUUAACGACCCUUUCUUCACCGUGAAACAGAGCACAAGAUAGACGCUAGACUCUCUGUCUUGAUCUCUCUCUAAAUCAUCUGCUUCAAUUCCCAUAAAUCAAUGGAAACUGGUGCAGCAGUUACGGGUCAAGAACUCAGACCCGGGUUUCAACAAUCCGUUAAUCCUGAUGGCUACGUGACAAUCGAUGUCGAAAGUUUCUCUCAUGUUAUCCACCAAGACUUCUCUUCUUCGAGUCCCAGAGUUACACUGCAGAGAAGUGUUUCCAGGAAAGAGUCUCCAAGAAGCAACAACGAGAGGAAACUCCAUUCUAAUGCAAAUGGUAAUGACAAAGAGACCUCAUUCCCUCAAUCUCCACUUAGAGGGUCAUGCACGCCGGAAAAGGCCGGCACUGUGGGGCCCAUAGAUCAUCUAAGCACGGUCACGACUGCAGCCACCGCUGUUUCAGCCUCACCGCUUCAUCAGAUCACCGUUACUACGACUGCAGCCACCGCCGGAAAUAUGAUCUCCAAGCAAAAUAGAGAAAGAAGAUUUGGGUUUGCAAGGAAGUCGAGUUUUAAACGUUCUCGCACUUCUUGGAUGCUUGAUCCGAAAAAAAUCCUCAUCUUCUUUGCAACUUUGUCAAGCAUGGGAUCAAUCUUGUUAAUCAUAUUCACUCUCUCGAUCAGCAGGUCUAAUCCGGGAGAUAUGCCCUAGACUAAUAGUAACAAGACAUGAAGAGGAUAGAGCCCGACUUCAGUUUGUGGAUAUAGAACAUGCCACAUUCUCACCGACCUAGGAGAUGAAUCAGAAGAACAUUACAGAGCGUAAGGCUGCGAUAAUAAUUAUUUUGUAUAUUAUUUUUAUUAGUAAAAAUGCAAAAAGAAACAGAAAGAGAGAUAAAGUGGGAAAUGGGCACGCACGAGAUCAUAUAAGACAAGAGUUUAUGACUGUUGUGACAGAGACAGAGAAUCUUCUCUUCUGUUACUUUUAAUUCCUGUUCUCUGUUUUUUCGUAUUCACUUGGUCUAAUUUAUGUUUUUCAUUUUGGUGUACUUCUUUAUAUACAUAUAUAUCAACUUUCCAUUGGAGUUUAAAAUU